AGGGUGCAACAAAGGCAUGGCUUCUUCUUUGAGAAAGAGCCCAGCCAGUAAAAGGACCAACAGAGUCUGAGCAUUCUGCAAAGGUCUUGGCAGAAGGAUGGCACGGCAGAACAACUAUCAAAACACAGUGGCAUUUGAAGCAGAUGAGACAUCCUUGAAGCGACUUUCUCACAAGAGGACCCUCUCCAUCCUGACCUCCCUGGCUCUCCUGGCAUUUCUGCUGGCCAUCUCCCUCAUCGCAAUGGCCAUUUUGUAUUUCCAAAAAGAGAGGAAGCUGGAAGAACUUGAAGAAGUGGUGGAGAAAAUCAGAGCUUCCCUCUGGCUCAGCAACGUCCGAUCGAAGGAGGCCUUAGACAAUGUUCACUUCUUAGAAAACAUCUCCACGGCUUUCUCUGAGAUCCAAGCCCGCCUGGAGAAGGCCAACGCGUCAAGAACAGCUGCCCAAGGCCGUUACCGGAACCUUCUGGGCUUGGUCUCCACUGGCUGGAAGUUUUAUGAUGGGAACUUCUACUACUUUACUCAAGUGGCCAAAUCCUGGCAGGAUGCUGAGAAGGCCUGUAGAUCGUAUGGGGCACACCUGUCCUCCAUCACUUCCAGGCAAGAGAUGCAGUAUCUUCAGAGAGAGGCCAGUGGUCAGACCUUCUGGAUCGGGCUCACUGACCAGCAGGAAGAAGGCAACUGGACCUGGCUGGACGGCUCCAAGUACAACCAGCGAGUCAGUUUUUGGGCACAAGGACAGCCUGACAACUGGUAUGGAGCCCCAGGGCACCAGGAGGACUGUGUUCACCUCGCAGGACAGUGGAAUGACGUCAGCUGCACAUAUAGUUACAAAGGGAUCUGUAAGAAGGUUUCCCCCUGAGCAGAAGAAAGACAGCCACUGCUUUACUGGACCAAAGGCGCAUUACACCCAGCAUGUUGCCUCCAACAAAGGGCAGCUCGAAUACCUCCAGAGAAGCAUGCCAGGGGAUGUCAAACUGUAUUAAAUCUUCCAAGGUAACCAUAUUGGCAAUAUAGCAAAGCACUUCCUGCUGACAUGUGCCUUCAAGUCAUUUCCGACUUAUGGCGACCCUAAGGCAAACCUAUCAUGGCGUUUUCUUGGCAAGAUUUGUACAGAGGAAGUCUGCCAUUGCCUUCCCCUGAGACUGGG